AGCGUUUUUUUUCUUCUUCUUGACAAUCACCCCAAUAUGGCGCAGAGCAACUGUCACGUUCAUGGCGCCGGAUUUUCGGGCGCACUGCCAGUGUUGGAACCUGGACAUGGUCACUGGCGUGCGAUGAGGCUUGUAUUUUUGCGUCAGGAGCGAUUACCACUCUACAUUAACAGCUCGGCUUGGAAGCCCUUAUUGCCUGCAUUCCCCUUGCAGUGAAUUUGGGUCUUUUGAGCUACUUGUCUGGAGACAUUUUCCCAUAUAGCAAGCUUUUGCCUUUUCAAAAGCGUCCACCGCUGCUGCCCCCCGUUGUUGUCCCGGAAACUUGAAAGCCAUUUUUCCUCUGUCUUUAGCCCUUACAUAUACUAGUGUGCCCGGUUUUCCCAAGUUGCCACAACAAUCUACGUCCGUCGUCAACGACAUCCCUGGCAUCUCAAUCAAUGAGAACCUAGGUAGACGUCGUGCACAAAGUAAUAUUGAUUAGUAUCGAUUUUCACAGCAGAGAUUCAAUGUUCUUUGGCUACCUAGAUCUGAGCAUACUUAUCACGCAAGUGCAUUUUGAACGUCUAUUGUUGGCCCAUUGUACAUUUGCGUCAUGAAACCCCACAGGGAUUCGCCAGUUCCCGUGGCCCAUGGAGAAUCGUCAGAUUAUCUCACCCGCCUUACAAGCCCCACACUUGAAAAUAUUCUCUCAACUGUGCGCAAACGAUACCAAAAUGGCGAUUACUUUACAAAGCUGGGAGAGAACGCUCUAUUGGUUUUGGGCGGAUCGGGGGUCCUCGCCGAAUCGACGGCAGAAGUAGCAGCUGAAUAUGCAAGAUGGGUGAUUGACAUGUCACCGAACAAGCGCGAUCUACCCCCUCAUGUCUUCGACUUGGCUGCGUCAUGUUUCUACCAUAUGACUAGAGAUCACCGCAACCAGUCGGUUGUCUUCCUAGGGGAUGAUGCCAGUGAGAAAUCGGAAAUCCGCAAGCUGUUUGUGUGGCAACUCAUGAUGCUGUCUACUACAACGGACGAUGUCAACGAUCAGAAGAUCCUUCGCGCCGCAACUCUGAUGGAUCCAGUCUUUGAAGCCUUUGCUCACGCACGGACUCUGCGAAGCCGCAGUGCUACUCUCGUUUGCAAAUAUGUGGAAUAUCAAUACGACCAUAACUGGAAGCUUGUCGGUGUCGGGUCCAUCGCAUACCAUUUAGACAAGUCUCGGUUUGCCAGCAGCACGCCAUUCAAAGAAGAGAAUUAUCCAGUUUUCUACUAUCUGCUGGCCGGCAGUACGGCGUUGGAAAGAAAUCGUUGGAAACUUGGCGACGCAUCAUCUUUCCGCUACCUCCAAGGUUCGCCCUUCUUCCAUACACCCGAUGACGACUGCAAACUCUACAAUGAACUUCAAAAGGCGCUGAAGCAUCUCCGCAUCGGUUUGAAACUUCAGAAACAGAUCUCACAGGUCCUAGCGGCGGUUCUUCAUCUUGGCAACGUCACAUUCGUGGAUGACGAUACACGCCCUCAGGACUCUUGUAGUGUGGCAAAUUACGAAGCCCUUUGCACUGCCGCGGACCUGCUCGGUGUACACCCACAAAACCUGGAGGAUGCUGUUAUCUAUAAAUCCAAGGUCAUAGGAAACGAGCGUAUCUCCAUGUUCUUGACAAGCGAAGGGGCAGCGGCUCAGCGUGACCUUCUUGCAUCUACGAUCUACUCAGAAUUGGUUGCUUGGCUCGUAAGAAAAAUGAAUGCUUGUUUAUGCAAGAAUUACGAGGAUGAGAUUGCGGCCAGUAUCCGAGUACUUGAAAUCCCUAGUUUCCGAAAGGACGGCCAUAACGAGCUAGACCGGUUAUUGUACAACAUGCUGAAUGAGCAGCUCCACUUUCAUAUGAGCAGCUGGAUUCAGGAUCGGUCUAUCGAUUAUGCCCAUGAAGGAGUGCUUUCCUUCGCUGUCGAAAAUCAAGAAAAUCAGUCGGCCGCUCUCGCACAUCUUUUGUCUUUCGACGCCGGGCUGCUCCACUUGAUUGAUGAAGAAUCCGUACGGAGAUUCCUUGAAGGCUCUCCUGAUGCUGGUAUACCCCGAGGAAUGAUCGAGACUUACGAGCAUUUAUCACCGGUCAUAGUGGACGGAGUUCCCAUUAAUAACCGCACUUUCCAAAUUCAGCAUUACAAUGGCGAAACCGCGUACGAUAUCAAUAAGCUUGUUGAGAAGAAUGGCGACGUCCUGUCAUCGGCCGUUGCUUCCCUAUUUGUUGGCAGUGCGGGUGUUCAUCCUUGUGCCAAUGGCUUUGUGCGCAAUUUGUUUUCGCAUAGUGAUGGCUAUGGCGAGAGCGAAAACUACUACGACGAUAAGACAGUCAUCUCAAAGUUUUCGGAAACAACCAGUCAGGUCAUAUCUGCAAUAAAAGAUGCGGCGCCUUGGUUCGUUCUGUGUGUCGACUCUGGCGAAUCCCCAGUCAGCGACAAGAUGGAUGUUGCUAUCUUGAAGGCUGACUUGGUUAAUCAUCAAGUGACCAACCAUGUGCAGACUCGGGUAGCUGGGGACUAUGUUGCUGACUACACUCACGAAGAUUUUAUUUCACGCUUUCAUGCCGUGGUAUUGAACAAGCCACUGGAGCAAGACGACGAAGUUGACUUUGGGAGUCUUUGCGAGGAGUUUGCCAGCGAGAUGGGCUGGAGCGAGGAACAUAUGGCUUUGGGGCUGAGUAGGGUUUUUCUCUCUGAAAAGGCUUGGCGCAUCCUCCAUGACCGCCUACGAGCUUUUGAGGAGGAGAACCACCAGACGACAUGGAACGCUCAUACUUCUCAAUUCGUCGAGAACUUUGCCAGACCGUUCCCGGACAAUGGUGAUACUGAGAGUGAUGUCGAUAUGGGAACCAGCACCGAUGUGGAUGUGAAGUACGUGACUCGAGUUGAAAAGGAGGCCUUAGCAGCCGAAGCUGAGAAAGAAGAAAAGCGACCAGUCUCUUCAGCGCGCAAGCGAUGGCUGUGCUGUACUUGGACGCUGACGUGGUGGAUUCCCUCGUGUUGUAUAUCCAAAGUAGGGAGAAUGCCCCGUAAGGAUGUGCAGAUGGCUUGGCGUGAGAAGGUUGCGCUGUGCAUGAUCAUUGGACUCAUGUGUAUCGCGCUACUGGCAUUCAUUAUUGGUCUACCCCGUAUCAUCUGUCCAAAACAAAAGGUCUUGUCCCUGGAUGAAAUUCGGAAAAGGACAGAUGCAGAUGAUCCAUGGGUCUACGGAUACGGAAAGGCAUACCAGAUAAAAGACUUGUAUCGAGGGCAUAUGAAUGUUGGUGCGGACAUGAGCAAGUAUCAACAGACUUACGGCAAGGACAUCUCAGGAAUGUUUUAUAAAACGGACUACUUCAACGACAUGUGCCCUGGUGUGGCGUCAAGACCCUCUCCUGCUUGGGACAACAUUGUUAAGCGCCCACUCGACGCAUCCCUGGCUCAUCGGACAACCGAUAGGCCUUAUUUCCAAACCCUCUCCCACCUGGCCAAGUUUGAUGUCGCAUUCAAAUGGGACUACAUCCAGCAACAACCGCUUCUCAACAAAACUUGGAUUGUACUGUUUGACAAAAUCUACGAUGUCACUACAUACACAUCGGACCCCUUUUUUCAGAACAGUGCCAUUGACCGGAUUUUCCAAGCAACCCAAGGUGCAGAUGCAACCAACGAUUGGGUCUCGUCUGUUGUUAGAGCCGAUCCUGGCGGCGCCAAAGCGAUCAUGAACUGCAUGAACAACAUGUUUUAUAUUGGAGUUGUUGAUCAUCGUCUCGACAUUGGUUGUCAAUUCUCAAACUAUAUCCUUUUGGCGAGUUCGAUGAUCGUCAUAGGUAUCAUCGGCAUGAAGUUCUUGGUCGCAGUGCAGUUUACCUCCCCUCCCAAGGUAGACAAAGCAGAGCUGAAUAGGUUCGUCAUUUGCCAAAUGCCUUGUUAUACGGAAGGUGAGGCAUCACUUCGAAAAUCUCUUCAAUCCUUGGCAUGUAUGGACUACGACGAUGCUCGAAAACUGCUAUUCAUCAUUUGUGACGGAAUGGUUGUUGGAAGUGGCAAUACCCGUGCAACACCGCGCAUCGUUUUGGACAUUCUCGGCGUCGACCCGAAAUAUGACCCAGAACCUCUGUUGUUCCAGUCCGUUGGUGAAGGUGACAUGCAAUUGAAUCGAGCCAAGGUAUAUUCCGGUCUCUAUACAGUAAAACAAGGACCAACCGAACACGUUGUGCCUUUCAUCGUCGUCGUCAAAGUCGGCAAAGAAUCAGAAGUCGCGCGUCCUGGCAACCGUGGUAAACGUGACUCUCAGUUGCUGUUGAUGAAGUUCCUGUCUCGCGUGCACUUUGACGCGGAAAUGGAGCCGCUCGAGCUUGAGUUAUACCGGACAAUGGCUGAUGUGGUCGGGAUCCAUCCAUCCAUGUACGAAUUGAUAUUCAUGGUAGAUGCCGAUACGGAAGUAUUCCCUGAUUCGCUCGGACAAAUGGUACACAGUAUGAUACAUGAUACGUCAAUCAUUGGUCUUUGUGGAGAAACGAUCUUGGCUAAUCGGAGCGAUACGUGGAUUACGAAAAUCCAAGUGUAUGAAUACUUCAUAUCGCAUCAUCUCACGAAGGCGUUCGAGGCUAUCUUUGGUGCCGUCACUUGUCUUCCAGGAUGUUUCUGCGUUUACCGAAUCCGUUCUCCGAAAAACGUCCCACUGCUCAUCUCGCCAGAAGUCAUAGAUGACUUCAAAGAAAAUCGCAUCGACACCCUUCACAUGAAAAAUCUUUUCCAUCUCGGUGAGGAUCGUUUCCUGACGACACUCGUAAUCAAGUGGUUCCCGCACAUGAGGACGACGUUUAUCAGUCACGCUAAAUGUAAGACAAGCGCCCCGGACAAGUGGAGAGUGUUGUCGUCGCAACGACGUCGAUGGAUUAACUCGACCGUACACAAUUUGUUCGAACUCUUGUUUAUUCGGAGACUUUGCGGUUUCCUUUGCUGCUCCAUGCGCUUUGUGGUCUUCUUGGAUUUGCUAUCUACGUUGAUUCAGCCGGCGGCCAUUCUUUACAUUGCCUACCUGGUGUACGCACUCGUAUCAGCCGAGAAUGGAUUUCCUAUCAUCUCGAUCGCUUUGCUUGCCGCUAUUUACGGCUUGCAGGUGAUUGUAUUCCUACUGAAGCGACAGUGGAGACAAGUCCUGUGGAUGGUGAUCUACAUCUUUGCUAUCCCGGUUUUCACAUUCUAUCUUCCGUUGUAUGCUUUCUGGCACUUUGAUGACUUUUCAUGGGGUAAUACCCGCGUUGUGUACGGUGAAGAUGGACGGAAGACUACCAUGGUGGCCGACGUCGGAAUGUUCGAUCCCACUUCCAUUCCGAAGCGCAAGUGGGGAGAAUACUCGAAAGAAAAACUGGUUCAGGAAAGUGAUGCAAAGCGCGAGCGCGAACAGACCGAAAAACGCCGCCUCAGUCACCGCGUCAUGUCCAUGACCGCAAGCAACGUCAGGAGUAGCAUCAUGAGUCCAGUACCAAAGAUGUCACCGCGCUCCGAAAGUCCGCCCGAGUAUAAUACUGGUUCGAGACCGUCCACACCGUCUUUGGCACCUGUGGGUGCGCCUCGCAGUCGGAGUCCCGUUGUCUUCGAAUACGUGUCUAAAUCGCCUAGCCGCGCAGGGAGUCCUCGACCAGUCACACCACCAACGUAUGGACACAUGCAAAAGGGAUCGGAUUCCUCGACGAGUUCUGAGUCUGGUCGCGCUCAAGCAACAUUGGAACAGGCGCUUGCAAGGUACAACAAUGGCCCGCACAAUGAUUCGGUAGCGAUGAAUCCCCCGGCUGCAACAAGCCGCUACAGUAUGGCGAAUUAUGCAACGCCCUCGCAGCAGAAUUACAGACCUCCCGCUGACAUGCGAGCAAAUAACAACACGGACAUGGUGCCCGUUGAGUCCACCGAGAUACGCGCCCCCGAAAUGAGUUCUACUGUGCGGCGUCAGUCACCAAUCCCGCUCGGUGAUAACCGUUCACCAGAUGCGUCCUUUGACAGUUAUCCUGCCAAGCGUCAGUCUCCGGUUCUGCGCCUCGACAUCCGUUUGCCUGAGGGCGGAUUUCCCACUGGUACAAAUGUCGGGCCUCAGUCGCCUGUGCUUCGUGCAUCCAUUAUACCCGAUUCAUUUGAUUCAGGCAACCCCAGACCUGCAUCUACUGUGUCUCCUGUUCCACGGGAUGUUCGCUUAUCAGAAAGUAUCGUCCAGAAUCCUCCCAUGAAAUCGACCGGUGCAACUCAAGGCUAUCACGAUAGCGUGCUACCUGAGCAAAGGCGAACUUUGACCCGAACCGCAGUGGAUCAAAGAUUCUCUGAAAUUUCAGGACCCGGAAACGAUAAGGGAAGGGACGUUCAUACGGGCUUCCCAAAUCCCGCGCUGCGCCGUCGGGCAUCCGAUAUUAGUCUUAGUGGAAGCGAAAGGAACCGAUCCCAGUACUCUGCUCCUUCAACGGCAGAUGGUCGCCUUUCGCAAAUGUCCAUGAGCGGAGGAGCAUACAGACCUCCAUUUGCCAUGCCACCUCUUGCUGAAAGGCGGGCUUCCCAACUUAGUAUCGGAACCAUGGGAACAGUUAAAUCGGCGUUGGCAAUGCCGCACGUUGUUGAGCGUCGCGCCUCUGAGCCGCAUAUUGCAACCUCUGUCCGGCCGCAAUUCCCUAUGCCACACCCGAUGGAACGCCGUGCCUCAGAACUCAGCAUUGGUGGACUCAUUCGCCGGAGAGACCGUGCAGCCCUGGCCGAAGUGAAUUAUGCUUCUGAAAUGGAGCAGGUCUCUAGGCCUCCAAGUUCAGCUGCGGGAGACGUCGUGGUCAACCAGUUUCCGUCUGACCAGCUGAUCAUCAGUGAAGUUAGGCGUAUCGUGGAGCGGUCAGAUUUGAUGACCAUCUCGAAAAAAACUAUUCGAGAGUUGCUUGGGCAGUUGUUCCGUGUUGAUUUGUCGGCAAAGAAACAAUUGAUUAGCGAUGUAGUGGAUGAAUUGUUGGACAAUAUGCUUCACAAUACCCAGCAAUAGAAUUGGAAAGAGGUUUAAUUGUUGGUUUGAGAAGGGGUUUAAUUGAAUAAUACUCGUGUAUAGUGUUAGGUAUGGUAGCAUAGGUAAAGGAUACAUAUUUUUUUUUGUAAUGAACGGUAUCAAUAUUCGAUUGUAUCAACUUAGGAAAUGUCCAAUCUCGAACUGAUAAG